GGCGCUCGAGCCUCUUCUAAGAAUGAUAUAGUCUUCUCGACCCCGAGCAUCUUCCUUUCAACUUCUCAACACAAUUCACAACUAUUCUACUUCAUACCUUGUCCAUUUCAUACUACUCUUCGACUAUUCAGCUUCGGAACUACUUAUCCAACAUUCUGAAGGCACAAGAGAAUCCAAUAAAGUUGUCAAAAUAAUUGAAUUAUCCAGAGUCACCAACAUCAUCCACUUACACCCAGACAUCAACACAAUCUAACCACCCUAAAGAUAUCAACAUCAUUGAGUCAUUUUCAUUGAUUCAUAAUUCACUAUGUCAUUGUCUAUUAAUCGAGUAUGGGCAUGGACCUCUGCAGCUCAACUGCUCACAAAAGCCCUUCCCUUUCCCUUUUCAAAAGACAUCAACCGAUUCAUCACAAACCUACCUCUCUCCGAAAUCUAUCUAGCAAUCUCAGUAUACAACAUGGCCGACAAAGAAAAAUCAGCGCCCGUUACUGUCUGCCUUCUUAUUCUCAAUAAGGCAGUCGAGCUCCUCACCCGCAACGAUCUUGAGAAGCUCUUUCAACAAAUCCCAAAUUUUUCUCUAACCAACAUCAUCAACGCAUUUGGUACUAUUGCAUGCAGCAGCAUCAACGCAUUUGGUACUAUUGCAUGCAGCAGCAUCAACGCAUUUGGUACCUCUGUAUGCAACAUCAUCAACGCAUUUGGUACUUCUGUAUGCAGCAUCAUCAACGCAUUUGGUAGUAAUGCACCAGAGAUCAUCAGAGCAUUUAUCCAACCCAAGGUUGUAAAAUAUCUUUGCAUUACUUCAGUCGUUCAAGUUGCUCUACCUGUUGUUGGAUUGGCUCUUCUAUCAAAGUUCACAAAUAUCGAAGUCAACAAAAUCCUUUUGACUACAGUACAUCACUAUUGUAAGCCUCUCAAGACUCUAGAUUCGAUCAAUGAUCAUUGAUCUUGGCAUAUGUCAUACGAUCAGUCUCAUUGGGAAGGAAUUGCGAAGGAAAGGAUGACUGGGCGCAAUGGGAUUCUGGUUGGGGAGAUAUUAUGAAGGGAACGAUGGCUGAGCAGAAUGGGGGUGGAUUUGACUGAGAAGGCGUUAUUCCUUGAGAGGAAUAAUGUAAUCAGGAUAAAUAAUUCUCAACUCUAAAAAUACCUAUUUGGCUUCCCCAAUACUAAUAAAUAUCCUGCACA